AUGGGUCCUCUUCGCUGGAAACCGACCCUACCCGUCACCAACAUCAAAGGGCUAGACUUGAUUCUUGGGAGAGACUUUCUCAAGAAGUUCAACUCGGAGAUCAACUGGGUCACCCGCACGGCGAGCAUCUACAAUCAAGACAGAAGAGUUCCACUUCCGAGUUGGAGCAACACGGGAGAUAUUCCGGAGGAGACUCUCGCACGCUUUGAGAUGGACGAGAAAAGAACCAUGGCGGGGUUCGUCGCAUUGGUUACAGACGAGGAUGAAGCAGAGAAGAAAGCACCUGAGCUUCCACGUGCUAUCGAUAAACUUCUGGAGGAGUUCAAAGACGUUCUUCCUGACGACCUUCCAGACCAGUUGCCGCCAUACCGAACCCACCAGCACGAGAUCGUCGAAGAACCUGGUUCGAAACCGACCUUCCGAGCACCAUAUCGACUCAGUCCUACCGAAUUGGCUGACAUGAAGAAGCAGAUCGAGUACCUCCUGGACAAGGGACUCAUUCGACCAUCAACAUCACCAUACGGUGCACCAGUGCUCUUCACGCCAAAACCUGACGGAAGCUUACGCAUGUGCAUCGACUACCGAGCUCUCAACAAGCAGACGAUCAAGAACAAGUAUCCGAUUCCACGGAUCGACGAUCUACUUGACCAGCUUCGUGGAGCCACGGUAUUCUCAAAACUCGAUUUGAGAUCGGGAUAUUGGCAGAUCCGGAUGGCGGAUAACUCCAUCCAUAAGACGGCGUUUCGGACACGAUACGGAUCCUACGAGUACCUCGUCAUGCCGUUCGGUCUCACUAACACACCCGCUACAUUUCAGGCUGAAAUGAACCAUAUUCUUAGGCCUCUACUUGACGAAUGCGUGGUGGUGUACCUGGACGACAUCUUGAUCUACUCGAGGGACAUGAAGCAGCAUAUUGAACACCUACGACGCAUUUUCGAAAUACUUCGACGAGAGAAGUUCUACGUCAAGCUAUCAAAGAGUGAGUUUGCCUUGAAACAAGUUCAAUUUCUUGGACAUAUGGUGAGCGCUCAAGGAGUGCAUGUCGACCCGAAGAAGAUCGAAGCCGUACGUACGUGGAAGUCGCCGGAGAAUGUGAAAGAACUUCAACAAUUCCUUGGCUUCGCGAACUACUACAAUCGGUUCGUGCCACAGUAUGCGAAGAUUGCAACACCUCUCACCAAUCUAUUGAAGAAGAAUACACCGUUCAAGUGGGAUGAUGUGCACCAGCAAGCCAUGGAGCAGUUGAAGACCGCACUCACGUCCGCACCUGUCCUGAUCCUGCCAGAUCCAGAAAAAGACUACGUCAUCGAAGCUGACGCUAGCGACCAAGCAGUUGGAGCAAACUCAACUACCCGAUUCACGACAAAGAGGCCUUAG